UCUCUAAAAAUAAAUAAAUUUCAGCUAAAUUUAGAUCCCUCCCAACCUGCAGUCUACAAACAAACUAAAACCAUGGGAGAGAAACCUCCCACUCCCCUUCAUAUCCACAACUACUCCUACCCUUCUUCCUUCCAACCAUAAACCCACAAGACGCAAAACUCCCACCUUUUACCUCCCCAUCAUGCCCAAUGAAGAAGACUUCAACGAAUCAAUGUCUCUCCGCACCACCGCCGCCGUCCAUUCUCCGGCGGCCAAACCCAAAGGCGGUGCCGCCCGCCUCCUCUCCAUCCUCCUCCGACUCCUCGUCAUGCAAACUCUCCUCACCUUCUUCUUCCUCUUCGCCGGCAUCGCCGUUUUCAUUCUUAUCUUCCUCGGCAUCGCUGGAAAGGUCCUCCGCCACCGCCGGCGAGGCCGCCGCAGUCUCUUUCAGCAGCCAGUCGCCGAAAGGCGCGGCCUUUCUCGGGAGGAGAUUCGCCGCCUGUCCUGUUUCAGAUGCUCUGUUUCAGGCGGCUCGGAUGAUUGCGUGGUGUGCCUGGAGGGCUUUAGGGAAGGAGAUUGGUGCAGAGUUCUUCCGGAUUGCAAGCAUUCUUUUCAUCGAAUCUGCGUUGAUCGAUGGCUGGAGAGAUCCAAGUCCUGUCCGCUCUGCCGGCGCAGCGUUGCUGCUGGGUGAAUCUGAUAUAAGCUUUUCCAAAUGUUUUAAUCAUUUUUUUUUCUGAUUUUGUUCAGUUUUGAUCCUGGGGUUAAUAUGAUUGUACAGAAGGUGGAAGAUUUUCGCUUUUGAAAUAUGAAUCUGGCUGUGUAUAUAUAGAUAGAUUUGCUGAUUUUAUGGAGUGUUUUAGAAGGAGGAGAAAAAGGGAUUGUUUUGUUUGAUAGAAUUGGAGGAGAGGAGAUGGAAAGGUUUAGAACAAAGAUGCAGACUUUUAGAGGAGACGGUUUUGGUUUUGCAGGGCUAGAUUUUCCCGUGAAUCGGCCGUGAUAGUAUGUAUUUUGGGGGUGUUUAGUUACUUCCGCACGAUUCUCGUGUAUUUUAUUAUUUUUAUUUUGAAAAAUA